AUGUCUACUAAAGAAGACGCAGGAAGAGAAGCUGAAGAUUCAUUAUUAUAUUCAGCUAGGCAUGGCGAAAUAUCGGUAGUAAAAGCGUUACUUGAAGCAAAGAAAGAAGGAAAAAUAAAUUUAGAUAUUAACUGCAAAGGUAAAAGCAAAAGUAACUUAGGAUGGACACCGCUACACUUGGCGACGUAUUUUGCUCACAAGGACGUUGUGGAGUUGUUGCUAGACGCCGGCGUAAAUGUGGACGAGGUGAACGACAGUGGUGACACGGCCCUGCACAAGGCUUCUUUCAUUGGGAAUGAGGAACUAGUGAUCCUGUUACUGAAUUACAAAGCGGACGUGAAUAUAAUGAACGGCGAGGGUCGAACAGCAUGUGACGUGUGCAAGACACGAGACGUACAAAGGUUGUUGGAAGCAGCGCAACGAGCCGAGCGACUUGACAGAGAGCGGAGGCUGCUUAGCGCCGCCAAAGAAGGUCACAUUGAUGAGAUACAAGCUCUGUUAAGCAGUUCGAAUCCUCCAAAUAUAAACUGCGUGGAUUCCCAAGGCAACACGUGUCUGCACUGUGCAGCCUACAGAGGCCACACACGAGUCGCGGUUCUACUGCUGCAGAAUGGGAUUGACACCACGUUGAAAAACCAUAGUGGACAAUUAGCGAUAGAUUUAGCAAAGGACAGUGAUAUGCGAGAGGUGCUGAGCGUGAGGCCGGUACAGAAAUUGCAACGCACAGCUGCCAGAUUCGAGGGCCCGCUGCUCAAGAAGUCGAGGUUUCUGGGCUGGAGGCCUGUUUGGGCGGUGCUGCAGCGCGGCGUGCUGAUCUACUACGGGUCGCGGGGUGAGGCGGGCGCAGCGCGUGGGGCGGGGCGCGCGCGCAAGUAUCUGGACGGCGCGCAGCUGAGCGCGCCCGCCGCCGAGCCCGCGCUGCUGCGCCUGGCCUUCAGCGACGGCGACACGCACCGCCUGGCCGUGCCCGCAGGGCCAGACCUCGCCGCAGCCAGGCAGUCUUGGGUUACUGCGUUUAAUGAGCACAUUGCGUACUCCGGACACUACCUGUGGGCCGGCGCUGGACCUGACACUGCCAAGGAGGCCACCGAGGAACUGGACGACGAGUGCAAACCUCUGGGUUCGAUGCAAGACGCUCUGACUGCGGCGACUAACAGCCUGGCGCUGCUGGACACGCAGCUGCGCGAGUGCGCCGCCAUCGUGGCCGCGCUGGACAAAAGCCCGCACGUGGGCACCUCGCUCCACCACUCUGCCUACAUGCGAUUUCAACACGCGUGCGGAUCAGGCUCCGAGGCGCUGACCGCGCUACGUCACUGCGCUGCACUCGUCGCACAGGCCAGGGAUCGCGACCAAGCCAGAUUAGCUAGAGAGAUAGAGCGAAACAGAGUCCUUGAAGAAGCAUUAACUGCACUCGCACGCACACAUCAUGCGCUGGAGAUGUCCGUAGCGGAGGAAAUGACAAAGAGCAAAAGAAAGAAAAAAUCAUCGCAAAAUGACUCAAAAGAGAACUUCUUUGACGUUUACGAAGAUUCUGGCGAUGAUGACGAUACAUUAGUGACGGCAGGACUUUCCAGUCCUUUGGGUGCGCUUAGUCCAUGGGGCAGCAGUCCCGACCUUACCAGGCACACGCCCAUCGGCAGCGUGGAUGGUGACGGUGAUCGAACCCCGACCCCCACUCUUAGGGGCGGUCCGAUUACGGGGCGUAUCAGUGGCUCGUUGGAGUCUUGUGCGACCGGCCCGCCCAGCCCCGGUAGUCCCAGAAGUCCCAGGAGUCCCAGUAGUCCCGGCAGUGCCAUCAGCUGCGCCAGCUCGCGAGGCACGCUGGUCUCGCAGGGCGGACACGUGUACAGGAACGCGCGUCCGUACAGGAAGACCACGGCGCUCAGUUCUCAGUGGUCCUUGUAG